GCAAGAACCAGCCGCUUGCGAAACAAGUCUUGGUUUUCGCUUUUCCUUCUCAGGUUGAGUUUUACAGGUGAGACUUGGCUGUUGCAUCUCCCAGCUAUGGCGCGGCACGGUGCAGCGCGCAAUACUGCAGCCCGGCGCACUGCGCCGGUUGAAACCAACAGUCUGUUCGAAGAGUUUUAUCAAAAACAGCAAGUUGUGGGAGAGGACAGCUGGGAUGAGUUCAUGACAGUCUUGCAGAAGCCGAUGCCCGUCGUGGUUCGCCUCAACCGAACAAAGCCACAUUGGCAGGAGCUGCAGGUGUCCUUCGCGAUGGACGUCCGGUGGUCGGAGCUGCCGUGGUUUCCUGGCGCUUGGCGAUGCGACGCCAAAGACUACGAUGAUUCCCUGAGAUCACAGUGCUCAGCGUUGAAUAAAUCCUAUGCCCUGCGGUUUCAAGAGGCUGCAUCUUUGGUUCCCCCCUUGCUUUUGGAGGUGAAGUCCACUGAUUUGCUCCUGGACUUGUGUGCAGCACCAGGCAGUAAGACCUUGGAGUGCAUCGAGCUCAUGCGGGAGGAAUCUGACAGCCUUGAGGGUGUCGUCAUCGCCAACGAUGCGGAUGCUGAACGCUGCUUCGAACUGUUGCCACUGAUCACCAGGAAGGCUCGUCAUCCGGGAUGUGCUGUGGUGCUUGGGAAUGGUGCCAAGUAUCCCGCACAGUUCUGGGGCCCAGGAGAUCAGCUCUUGCAACCUGGCCUGGUGAGGGGUUGAGUGGUGUGGGAGAAGAGAGGAUGCAGCUGAAACUUUCAUAACGCUUGUUGGGUUGGAAGUUGUUUUGGAAGGAGUUUUGCGAGGACUAGUCACAUCUAGUCACUAGUCGAGAAAGUUGCAGACAGGAGAUCUUGCUUUAGCACGUUUUUGGCUGGGGGAUGAAUCAGCUAUCCGGUGAAUUAUCCACUGCUAGGUAGCCCCCCGGUCUUCUGUUUUGUGGGCCCCCUGUGCUGUUGGUUAACCUGCAUUUUAAAAUAUAGUUCUUAUGCAAUGCUUUCACACCAUAUGUAUGCCACAUUUGGAUCAAGGUGCACUCACUUCGUUGCACUCACUCUUGCGGGGCCAGUUUCACUCGCUCGGCGUUAACUCCGUAACUCGUUAACUCCUCCAUCCUGCGACACUACGUGAAAAACAAGGCUUCGUGUCAAUUAAAAGGGUUGGAACAUUAAUUUUC